AAGAAACCGAAGUCUCUCGUUUUGCGCAACAACUGAAAAUGGACACAACCGACACCGGAGAAACUGUGACAGAGUUCGGCUCGGACUGGGCCGAGUUGACCCAUGAGUGCCUGAUCAACAUCCUGGGUCGGCUCACCCUGGAGCACCGAUGGAGUGGGCCGAUGCUGGUCUGCAAGCCGUGGCUGCAGGUGUGCAAGGAUCCCUGCCUCAACUCAGCCUUCGACCUCGAGCCGCUGUUCGAACUCGAGCGGCCGUUCGAAUCCGCGCGGUGGUGGACUCCGGAGUUCGAGCGGCGGAUCGAUUCCAUGCUCCGAUCUGUCGUCGACUGGAGCGCGGGCUCGUUGAAACAGAUUCGCACCAGGCACUGCUCCAACCAGUCUCUCUCGCACGUCGCUCAGAGGUCCCCGAACCUCGAGGUUCUUUCGAUCAAGAGCUGCCCGAAUGUGACUGAUUCGUCCAUGGCUGAUAUAGCGGUUCGCUGCCCCAUGAUCCGGGAACUUGAUAUCAGCUAUUGCCAUGAAGUAUCUCAUGAGUCUCUGGUGUUGAUUGGGAGGAACUGCCCGAAUCUGAAAAUCUUGAAGCGGAAUAUGAUGAACUGGUUAGAUCCAUCCGAAUACACUGGAGUUGUUCCAGAUGAGUACUUAAAAACUUGCCCUCAGGAUGGAAAUUCAGAAGCUGCUGCAAUUGGCAAAUCUAUGCCAAGUUUGGAGCACCUUGAACUUCGGUUCUCAAAGGUAUCGGCUAAAGGGUUUACUUUGAUAUCUGUAGGAUGUCCAAAUCUCGAGUACUUGGAUUUAUUUGGGUGUGUGAACUUGACUAGCCGGGAUAUUGAGAACACAACAUCCAAUCUGAAGAAUUUGAAGGAGAUUAAAAAGCCAAACUUCUUCAUUCCACGGUCAGUCUUCCAUUCGGAGAGGUAUGGCCAUUGGAGGUUGUAUGACGAGCGAUUUCAGACAGAUGUUUUCAGCUAGUCUGUUAAGCUCGGAAAUAAAAUAUGUAUGACCGUGUCGUGUUGCUCUGAUCAAUUGUGGGAAAAGUAUAUUGUAUAUGCUGGUGUGUGGAGCUCUUUACAAAAGGUUCUGUAUCUAUUUCACUUCUACUUAUCGAAAACCUUGUUCGGUAACACCAUUAAGUCAGAUUGCAUGGAGUUCAUGUAUAAACCAUGUAUUAAUGCUUUUCUCUUUGUAUUUAGCAUCAUACUUUCAUUUGCAUAUACAAAUUAUGUUUCUGCUUU